AUGAACGACCCGGCAUGGUGGGCGGAGCUCGCCUCCCAGUUGCCGGCCGCCUGGGGCAAUGGCGCCAUUGAUUCCGACAGGGUAGAGGGCCUGGAGGCGAAGCUCACGCCGCAGACAGAGGUGCCGCAGGUGUCGCAGGUGCCGGGCCGAAGCCUGAGCGAUCCCAAAAAAUGCGAGGCCUCCGAAGAGGAGAAUUAUGUGAAUAUCAACCAGCGGUAA